UAUGGCAAGUUAAAUUAAUCAGUAUUGAAUCGAACACAAAUGAGACGUGUAAAAAUUCACGGAAAUUGCCAUUGCCCACUCUUACAAAUUCAACCACAAAAGUUUAGAUAUCACGUGCGUAAAAACGUUUUCUGUUAUGAUUCACGACCUCUUCUGUGCUGAAGUAAAAAUAUAUUAACAAAUUUCUCAUAUAUGUACUAGCUACGGAAUCAGAAACGUGUUUUCGUCGUGCUAAUAAAAUAAUAAAGGUUUUAAAUAUUUGCAAGCGUACGUUGGAAUUGAUUUUGCACCACAUCUUUAUUGGGCAUCAUGCAGCAUAAUAUAAAAGAUGGAUAUUGUGAACAUUGUGGCAACAGUAAUUGGAUACAUAAUUUCCCAAAAGAGAUAUUGUAUCAACCUAGUCUCCAAGAAUUGCAAAAACUUCUAACUGUGACAUUAAAGAAGAGUUUCGAGGACGUUGUGGUCAAAAUAACUAGCUGUCCACAGUUGACGAAAGAACCCUUCAAUCUUGCUGCAAAUGGACUGCACGGCAACACGGCAAUUAUAAGAUGCGACUCGAAGACGACGCAGAGAAAGUGGAAUAUGAAUUAUUUUCUUCAGAAUUUUCCUUACGAUUCCUUUCUCAUCGGAGGGGGAUUCGGUGCAAAGCCGAAUCUGCCGUCCAAUGGCUAUCUCAUCAUGAAUGCUACAUUUUCACGGCCUGAACAAAUUAAUAACGCGAGUCGCCUUGCUUAUGUAAGAAGUUUGACUGACUCGGGAAUAGUGGAAAUUAUGAAAGAACCCGACCAAAUGACAUGCUGUACAAUUGGCAACUUCUUUAUGAGUGAAGGUAGACCAGGACCAGUUCUUGAAGUACAAGCUAAAAAGCGCAAAUCUCCGAGACCCAAUAUCAUAUCGAUAAUAGGGAAAAUACUCUAUUCGUAUUAUGGUGUUAAAAACAAACUUGUUGGCCUAGGUGGUGUAUUAUUGAUAAACAAAGGAGAAAUGUUGGUAUCUGUUAUAUCAAAUAAAAUUCCAGAGAAUCAAAUAAUCUCAUCGAACGAUCUUCUUAACCGGGUGGAACAUCGUGCCAUAAAUUGUACAUCGAAUAUAACAGCUUUUGGUACAAUUCUCGGUAGCAAAGCAACUUUCUGGGACAAGCUAUACCCACGUCAUUGUUUUUACACUUUCUCGGAAAACAAUGUAGGCGGACGAUUUGCUAAGGAUGUAACACCGGACGAAACAGAAUAUGUAGGAUAUUUCAAUACAGCGGAAUAUCUCUAUCACCUAACCUCUUAAAUAAUCAAUUAGAUGACUCAAUAAAAUUCAAUAAUAAAAUACUUAAGAACAAUUCCUUUGCAUUGUUUAGCAGGGUUGUG